CCUCUGUUGUCCACGUGUCGUGUUCUACAGGUAGCAAAACAAGGAAAAACAGGGAUGAGAAAAACUAGGACUGCUUGACCAAUCUAAUAAUCCAACCAUAUGGCAAUUGGGUUUAACUCUGUUCUGGAGGUAGAGAGGUAGAGGUAGAGGUAGAGAGAGGAAAUGGAAGUUUCUCAUCAUCAACACUGCCCAUCCAUCUUCGAUGUCAAUCAUUAAUUCUUUUUUCUCCUUUUUGGUUAUUUAUACAAGAAUAGACAAGAGCCUAAUUACGACUCAACUGAGAACAAACGCCAAAACUUAAGUGAGUACCUCCCUCUCUGCUUUCUUCACCAAAAUGUUGGGGAUGUGCUAUCCUCGUCGGGCUUCGUUGCAGCAAAAAGGUCAACCAAAGCCUUUAAAACAAAGCUUUCAUGGUAACUACAAGGAUUUGGCUGAUUUGGAUAGGUUUCCGAGGUGCUUCACAAUGCCGGAUUGGAAUUUCUGCGAAUAUGAAGGUGAAUGGAAGAGGGUGCUGGCUGAUGGAUGGGAGGUGCCUGGAUUUGGUCGGCCCUGGGAACAUGUGUUGAGAAGCACCGGCGGCAACGGAUCGGACACCAGCCAAUUAUACAAGGAAGAGGUGGUAACAGUGGAGAAACAAGCCAGAGCUGUGUUUGUGGAAGAGGAUAUCAUCAACAAAUGCAGUAGGGAUGAAUUCCUGCAAGUAAUAACAGAGCAAGGUUGUUUCAUACUACAAGUAGCCUUGUGCUACUUGGGUGGUGGUCCAAAGACAUUGGGUUAUCCUCCAGAUGAUCCACUUUUUGGCGAGAAGGGAUGGAACAAUAGAUUGAUAAAAUUUCUUGUCAACAGGUAUAUAUUUUCUAUCGAGAAUCAAGUCCCACUUGUAGUCCUCAAGGUGUUGAUGAAACAGAGCUUCUUCCAAAAUGUACUGAGAAAGGGGAAAUGGAAGCGGCUCAAUGACUUGGCCAGUAUGGCUUUGUAUGACUUCCUGGUACAACCAAUGCUUCUAGAUCUUCAUGACCCAGCACUGAAGAACCCUCGAGGAAAUUUUAGGAGGAGGAGAUCACCUGUUGGCUUUUUCCACAAGAAUAGCCAUUGGCCUCGAGAACACCAACCAAAUACCCUUCUCCAUGCUCUUUGGUUGCUGCUCACUGGACCACCUCCAGGCUCAUCAGGCUCAUCACCCCAUUGCACCAGCAACCAUGUUGACGAUGAAGAAAAGGAGUGUCAUGAUCACCUAUAUAACACCACCUUAUCUGCUAAGGAGUUGCAAGAAGCGGGAAUCAGUUUCAAGAGUUUCAAGGGAUUGGGUACCAGACGUAUAAAGUUCAAGAAAAGGAUGUUGGAGGCCCAUCUUUACCUCCCCUGCAUCUACGUAGAAUCUCAUACUGUGGGUCUGUUGAAGAAUCUGAUCGAUUUUGAACGUGAUGUUGAUUUGGAGAUAAACCAGCGAGAGGUUUCUGCAUAUAUAAACUUGAUGAGCGACCUUAUCCGUAGUCGUGAUGAUGUGAGAGUCCUUGUGAAAGGAGAUAUAAUUGAUAUUGAUCCUAAAUACGAAAUAUAUUUCCCAGAAGGAUUAGCCUACAUGGGGAGGCACUUUGACAGAUUGGAAAUGAUAAACAGCCACAACUUUGCUGCCAUUCGGCGUCAGACUCGUAGGUAUGUGAAGCCAAGCAUGCGAACAAAGAUAAUGAAUCUCGUUGUCAUAGGUGUUCUUCUUACUUUGGUGCAGACCAUAUACACUGUACUUAGCUAUCAUCAUCCUCUCCACUGAUAAGACAUUAAUGGUUUAGGAAUGGCAAAGCAAUCAAGGAACAACCAAUGGAUCGACGACACCCUCUCGAUCUGCUAUGUUUUAUUUUCUGCAAUGAAUGAUUUUUGGUUUGGUUGUUA